CUCACUCAAAUCACAAUUCCUUCAUAUAUUCAUCAAUAUUUCAUCCUUCUUGCAAUUAUUCUUCAGUGUUCUUGCAAAAUCCCUGCAAAUUUCUCUUUUUUUUGCUCUCCCUCUCUCUCUUUGUUGAAAUGGCAGGAGAUCAAAGAAAAAGAUCCCGCACCGGCAAGAACGUGGCUUCUUCCUCGGCUCCUCCACCAUCAACACACAAAUACCUUGACGGGUCGUUUCUCUGGUUCAACGACCGCGAAGAGGCUACAAGGUUCUCGGAGAAGUUUGAGCAUCGGGAAAUUCUCCCUCCCCGAUUCUCCACUGCCCGCUUCAUUCAUGACUCCAUCCCUCGUGAGGCACGGGUUAUCCUUGAACAAGGAAACUUCCUCGAUCUCCUCUACAUUAAGAAGGUCAAUUAUCAACCUUUUCUUGUUCGAGCUUUCUAUUCGAACUUGAAAAAGGAUGAGGACGGAUCGUUGAUUUCAAACGUCAACGGGGUGGACAUUUAUUUGAAUGAAGAGAACAUUCAAAUCCUCACCGGGCUUCGUCGGGACGGACAGGAUCUCGGGCUCUACACCGGAGAAGAGGGGGCGCGGUUCAAUGAGACCGCUCUCUUGGAGGAAGUGGGCAUCCGUCACUUCGUACCCACUCCCCAACAGCGGCGCCCUACGAUUUCUUCCAUGAGUCCCGUGUAUCGUUUCAUCUUCUAUGUGUUGACACGGAUCCUCAAGCCCAGGAAGUUCAACCACACCAAUCUCUCCCAAGAAGACACGAAGACGAUCCAUGCGAUGAUUCACAACGCCAAUCUCAAUUGGUGUAAAUUUGUGAUGACUCACAUGUUCACGGCCACCUCCGACAAUCGGCCGCUCCCCUAUGCCCUCCUUGUCAUGGCAAUUCUUGAAGAAUACAACAUCAAAACCGAUGUUGGGCCAAAGCCUUGCAGCCAAAACCCAGAAUCUUCAGAGAGGACCAAUAAUCGAUUAUCACUUGUUGACAAUCGAUUAUCUGGGUUACCGUUGUCCUCCAACGGAUAGAAUUUUAAAUUUUUGGACAGGGAAUCUUUGGAUAAUCGAUUAUCAUGGUUUGACAAUCGACUAUCAGCCUGUGUCCCUGAAAAAUUUGUCUUCAUCCUGUUGGAAACUCUAGCAACGGGUUUAUCCCAUUUUGGGCUAUAAAAGGGCACCCAAAUCCUCUCUUUUAACACACAAUUCUUCAACAUUUCAAUACUCCUUCAUUGCAUAAUCAUUCCUAUUUUUCUUAGCUAUUUGAGAGCCAAUUCUUGAAGAAAUUGUCAUGUUCUUGAGCGUUCACUAGUUCACUCAUAUCUACUCUUUGUGAGAGUUUCAUUCCUGAGUGUUUAAGUGUUUUCAUACACUUUAAGGGAGUUUGUUCCCUUGUUGUAAACUCGAAGGAAGUUUCUUGUUCCUUCGUGAGAAGUCUUGGAGUGCGGUAUCUCCGAGCAAAGGUGUUGAGGC